GUGGCCAAUGAGAUGCUGGGAUGGUCUGGGCGGCCGACCAAUCGCGAACCUUCGCACCCGGAUAUGAUUGCGGGUUCCGAAGCGGAGCUCUGAGAAAGUGAGAGACUGCCCACGUGAGGCAGCGCUGUCGGGGCGGUGCGGGGAGAGGGUGAGCGUGUGUCAGGUUCAGCGUCCCCCGCGUGCGGUGGGCGUCUAAGGGUCGUUCCUUUGUGUUUUGAGCGGGGGACAAGUCAAUGCGGCUGCUUGUCCGUAGGAAGACUUCCCACUGCAGCGUCCUGGAGCCAGCGGGCAGGGAAGCCCCUCCGUUGGUACCGCACAGGGCUUCGGACGGUGUCGAAGACACGGUGAGAAGAUGAAUCUCUUACCAAAGAGCUCCAAGGAGUUUGGCUCCGUUGACUAUUGGGAGAAGUUCUUCCAGCAGCGAGGCAAGAAAGCCUUCGAGUGGUAUGGGACUUACCUGGAGCUGUGUGGGGUGCUGCACAAGUACAUCAAGCCCCGGGAGAAGGUGAGCGCGGCCCGGCAGCCCUGGUGUGCGCGCGCGAAGGUGGGCGCUGCCUCCCAGGUAGCGCUGCGCAGAGUAGACGGUGACCGGUGUGGGGCCCCUCAUGGGGCCCCUGGGCUCUUGAGCAGGAUGAAGCCAGCCUCAGCACACCCNCAGAUGGAGUUUCCCGAUGCCUCCUUCCAGGUGGUGUUGGACAAGGGCACCCUGGACGCUGUCCUGACAGACGAGGAGGAGAAGACCCUGCAGCAGGUGGACAGGAUGCUGGCUGAGGUUGGCCGUGUCCUGCAGGUGGGCGGUCGCUACCUCUGCAUCUCCCUGGCUCAGGCUCACGUCCUGAAGAAAGCAGUGGGUCACUUCUCUCGGGAGGGGUGGAUGGUGAGGGUGCACCAGGUGGCCAGCGGCCAGGACAAGGUGUUGGAAGCAGAGCUGCGGUUCCCCCUGCCUGUCUUUGCCUUCAUCAUGACCAAGUUCAGGCCCAUCCCUGGCUCUGCCCUUCAGAUCUUUGAGCUGUGUGCUCAGGAGCAGGGCAAGCCCAUGCGGCUGGAGAGUGCCGAGCAGCUGGCCGAGGCAGUGCGGGAGCGGCAGCAGUAUGCCUGGCUGUGCAGCCAGCUGUCCCGCAAGGCUGGGCUGGGGAGUGUGUCCUUGGACUUGUGCAAUGGGGACACGGGGGAGCCACGCUACACCCUCCACGUGGUGGACAGCCCCACUGUGAAACCAACGCGGGACAAUCAUUUUGCCAUUUUCAUCAUUCCCCAGGGCCGGGAGACCGAGUGGCUCUUUGGCAUGGAAGACGGCCGGAAGCAGCUGGCCUUGAGCGCUGGCUUUAGGAGGCUGAUCACCGUGGCCCUCCACCGAGGUCAGCAGUACGAAGGCAUGGACAGCAUCCAGGCCGAGCUGUCGGCCCGAGUCAUGGAGCUGGCCCCGGCUGGGAUGCCUGCCCAGCAGCAGGUGCCCUUCCUGUCUGUGGGUGGGGACAUCGGGGUCCGGACCGUUCGGCACCAGGACCGCAGCUCCCUGAGUGGGGACUACGUCGUGGAGGACGUGCAAGGGGACGACAAGCGUCACUUCCGGCGACUCAUCUUCCUCAGCAACAGGAACGUGGUGCAGUCGGAAGCCCGGUUGCUGAAGGACGUGUGUCACAGAGUGUCAUUUUAUCCAGCAAAGACAAAACCUCGUUUGCUUCUCUUCCCAGCACGGCCUCACUACGACGUCAUAAUGUUUGACGUAGACAGCAAGGACCCAACCCUGGGAAUGAGCUGCCCGCCCCCAGCGUUUGUGGACCAGCCCUUCCUGCACAAGGUCAAAAGCAUCUUGAGUCCCGAAGGUGUCUUUAUCCUCAACCUCGUGUGCCGGGACUUGGGGCUAAAGGACUCAGUGCUGGGUGGGCUCAAGGCGGUGUUCCCCCUUCUGUAUGUCCGGCGAAUUGAGGGGGAAGUGAACGAGAUCCUGUUCUGUCAGCUGCGCCCCGAGCAGACACGUGCCAUGCCAGAGCUGCUGGAAAUGGCCCAGGCCUUGGAGCAGGCCCUGAGGAAGCCAGGGAGGGGUUGGGAUGACACGUAUGUCCUGUCAGAUAUGCUCAAGACCGUGAAGAUUGUGUGAUCGCUGGCCAUGCGGUCCUCUCAGCUUCCUGCCAGACUGCCCUUGGGCUCCCAGCCUGCCAGAGACUGAAGAACUAUCAGGCACCAUACUUUUCAAGCCUCAUAUU